AUGUGCGGCGAUACUUUAAGCACAGAGCCUCAGCGACAGAAAUUUUAUAGAAUUUUAGAUACUACAGUCACUGGCUUCUGUCAAACAAAACCAGUCCGAAAGAAUUUGAAAGGCUGGAGCAUUGUGAAGGGAGAAAGGACUAUUGGACCCAAACAUAAUUCACAGCUUUUAUUGGAAAUGUUGGUGACCCAGGUACUUUGCCAAUCUCUCCUUCACCUUGCACUUAUCUGCCUGUGCCAAGGGCAAAACCCAGUGUUUGUGAAACAACAGAGAUGGGAGAAAGUCACCAAUGAUGCCAUGUAUGACUACUCACCGCUCCUGCCAGAUGGCACAGAAAUAACCAUCUUCCUCUUCAGAGACUUACCACAGAGCCGUUACUUCCAGGUGAGAGACAAGACCCCAUUCUCCAUCCGAGUAAAUCCUUGUGAUGCUACCGUCGAGUGGAAAGUCACUGUAGACGAGUGGCCAGCACAUGGUACUUACCCCUUGGAGAAACUUGAACGGAACCGGGUUAAUAAAAAAGACCUUUAUAGCUACAAGGGUAACACAGCACAGACUUAUGUGCAAACUUCAUCACACUCCACCUUCCACAGGCUAGAGCUCCUUUCAACUGAGAGAAACAUUCAAAUCAGAGUCUACCUGACAACCAAGCCCGAGAAUGAGCCUCCUUACCCAGAGCUGCCAUUUGACCCUCGAGUAAAUGUUGCUUCUGUUGGGCAGACGACAGUGACCCUGGCCUGGAAGCCCAGCCCGUCAGUUUUACAGGAUGAGGAGAACAUUCAGUACUGUCUCCUGGUCAACCAGAAACACAACUACCAAAGUCUGUGUGCUGCCGAUAACCAGGCAGAGCUGGGUGCUGGCUUUUGGCCAGGUUUGCAGGUGGUGUCCAUCUAUUCCGGUGGCCAGGAGAUCCAUCUCACCACAACAGAAGAUAUUCAACUUCCUAACAAUCUUCUCAGCAGCCCAGUCUCUGGAGAACCAAAGAUGGAUAUCAUGCAGCUCUGUGUUGGCAACAGAAACAUAUAUUCAAUACCAGAGUUGCUACCCAACACUCAAUACUACUUUGACGUGUUUGCUGUUAACGUCCUCACCAACACCAGCUCUGCCUACACUGGCACUUUUGCAAAAACAUUACAGUGGCCGGAUCCAAACAUUCUCGAUCUGAAGGAAGGAAUUAUGAUCCAGGUUUACGUCCGGAAAGAUAGUCUGAAGUUUUACAGCUUCAGGCCCAAGACUUGGCACAGAAAGGUGCAGUUCACAUUCCACUCAUGUGGAAAAAUAUAUGCUAAAAUCGAGAGAAAUGGCAAAGGCAUGGUAUCUGAAAGCAUAGAAAACCUGAAGCAUUUUCAAUUGAAUGGAAAAGCCAAGGCAAGGUAUAUCAUUGGGAUCAAAUCCAUGGGGCCCUUGGAGGUCCUUGUAAAGAUUCUAGUGUCAACACGUCCCAACAAACCUCUCUUCCCUCGUCUCCCAGACAGUCUGAAACUGAAAUCCUUCAACAGGCUCAGAACCUGUAACUCUGUCACUGUUGCUUGGCUGGGAACAAGCGAGCAGAACAGGUACUGCCUCUAUAAGAGGGAGAUGGGGGAACAGCAACUGAAGAUAGAAAGGAAGAACCAAAGCUGGUGCUUCGGCCCAGAGACACGGAGAGUUUCAGAAAAAGUGGGCUGCAAACAUUUUCACAACCUCAACCCUCAACGAGCAGUGGCAGUGGAGAAGGUAACGGGGCUGAAGGCAGGGACCACCUACCUUUUCGAUAUCUAUGUGAUUGGGCACAAGGGUCAUUCUGUCAAAUACCAAAGUAAAGUGGUAAAAACAAGGAAAGCAUGUUAACUUUAUAUCCAAUUUCAGGAUAAGCCCCAUACAAAUGUCUUCUGAGGAAAAGAAGUGUAACUAGAGCCCCAGCAAGUAGGCUGCAAUCAAAUACAGUAACUGGAAUAAACUUUGUACAAGUGAAGUAAUUCAUAUAGAUCCAACACAGCGACAAGAUCGCUGUCUGAAAAUUACUUUGUGGAACCAUUCAUGUAAAUUUUGACAAAUUCUGUAGCUUCCUCCACAAACACCAAUUGGAAGUUAUCCAGAGGACUUCAUGCAGAGAAUUUUUAUUUGGUAUAUAACAACAGAAAGAGAAACUCUUGUAUUUCUAUAGCACCUUUCUCAACUCAGGACAUCCCAACUGAAGUGCUUUCUGAAGUAAAAUCCAGAGAUAAUUGCAGUGGACUGGAAGUCUGUCCAGAUUUUGUCACAUCUCCUAGCAUUGCAAGGACCUGCAAUGUUUGAGGGAAUAUGACUUUGAUGCCCGACUGAAUUAGGUGGGCUGAUGUAAUGUGUUUUUGCUGUCCUAGGAAGUUUGUGUGUCUGCCCAUAUCAGCAGGAAGGAAUACGUCCGACAAUGUUGAGUGGGAUUGAGCCAGUAAAAUUCAAAUGGAACCUUCAAUCAGUUUUUGAAAAAUCAUGAUCGACUAUACUUUUUGUGGUAGACAUUUCACAAUUCAUUAAUCUGGUGUUUCAAUGGACCUGAUAGACUUUCAAAGAUCACAGUAUGAAGUUGACUAUUCCCCCAUCAAGUCCAAAGCUCAUUUAUUUAACUAUAAUCCAGCUAGUCCCAGCCUCUUGCCCUUGCCCAACAGACCUGCAAAUAUUUACUUGCAGAUGUUUAUCUAGCUCCCUCUUUCACGCCACUACUUCCCCAAACAGUAUGGUCCAAGCAUCAGAAAAGAUUUUUUACUCUCAUUUGGCUAUAACUUUCUUUCUAUUUCCAUAGUUCACAAACCUUCUUGUGUAGGAAAGAGCCUCCCUUGAUCUAUAAUCGCUAUAACCUUCAUGAUUUUAAAUAUCACUAUCAGAGUUCUUCAUAACUUCAUUUGUUCCAAGUAGAAUAACUCUACAUUCUCUAAUCUAUUCAUGCAACCGAAGUCUUUCAUCCCUGAAAUAAUUAUGGUAAAUCACUCAGCACUUUCUCUAAAACCCUUGUAUAUUUUCAUUGGUAUAAUACCCAGAAAUGGACACAAUGUGACCAACUGGUCUUUAAUGAAAGUUCAUCGUAAUCCCUUUCUCUCAUACAAAAUCAACGAAGUGUCGUCAUUUUAGCCAUUUUCAUAUCUAUCAGGCCCUGAAGUCCUUCAGUUUAUUUGGUUCAUUCUUGCUUCCAAAGUAUAACAGUACACAUUUUUCAGCAGUAAAUUUCAUUUGUCACCUAAUCAUUCAUCCCUUCGACCCAUCAAUGCCAUAUUUUAGUCCAUAACUAUUUUUCUCAUGAGUCAUUACAAGUUUUGUCUUUUGGUAAUUUUGGAAAUUGUGUCCUGUUUACCAAAGUCCCAAAUCAUGUAUAUACUAUUAAGAACAAUGAUCCCAACAGCCAGCCUGGGAAAAUUCCCUGGACACCCUUCUCCAGCACUGUUUCCUUUUGCUUAGGCAAUUUUCUACUCAUGCUGCAGCUAUCCUUUUUAUUCCCUAGCUUUCAACUUAGAUGCCAAAUUCAGCUUGUGGCACCUUAUCAAUUACCUAAUUUCUACACAGACAUCAUUCUCUGCUUCAUUUUUUCAAAAAAAGCUAUGUUGUGCAAACCUAAGUUGUUUUCCUCUACUUAAUCCACAUGUUUAGUUGACCUGCUAAUUGUUACAUGGCC